GCCGUUCGCUCGUGCUUCUAGACUGUUUUCGUAUUGUGUCACGCGCGCAGACUUUAACGGCAGUUUACAGACGUCAGCGUCGUUUGUUUAUAAUACUCGGGUUUUUUCGCCCAAGAUGCUGAACAAAUAAUUUCCACUGGAUUAUUUUGGAAAUUUGUGAAAGAGUUUGGUUGAGAACGCAACUAAUCCCUAGACAAGACUUUAGAGAAAGACAGCUUCACAUUUCAUCACUAGUUUUAACACAAGAUGUGGAUUGGAGCAGAGACAUGGAUCUGGAUCCUCACGUUAAACUGAUAGAUGACAGCUACACUAGGUUUUGGCUUAAUCUCUCCUCCUUGUCCAAUUUAGACUCCUAUAGCCUGAAAAGUCCUUUAGAGCUACCAGAAAUGCCUCCGGAGCCACUGAUACACAACUCAGAGCCUUAUAAAAUUGAUCUCCAUGAAAGCUUGGAGUCUUUACUCUGCUAUAUGUUCACGGACGAAAGUGCUGCAGAUUUUCCAUUGUUUCAUGAGGACUUCGGUUUCAAUGAACAAACAGCAGCCAAAGAGGAGACCAGGACUAUUGCACUAGAUCAUCAGUACAUAAAACAGAACUUUUCACCUCCACAGUUGUUCCAAAGAGAAAGUGAAUCUUCAGAAAUAUACAACAGAAACAACAACAAAAUUGCUUUAAGUCCAUUAUGCCACUGUCCAUCAUACAGCGCACUGCAGGAGGAAAUGGAUGCUUGGGGAAGACAACUUGCUUCUCAAAAUCAUGCAUUAGCAACUCGCGCUGAUGAAGCAAAACUGAGGCUCCAUACACUGUUGGGUGAAAAUGCACUGCAUAACUUCAACACGCAACUAGAGGAAAUGAGGAGGAAACUCUCACCCACAACUAUCAAAACCGAACCUGCUCAAAUCAGGCCUGCAGAAGUCAAGCGUACCGAUGCUUUUUGGCCUCAGGAGGAAGCUCACUGUAUGUGUAAUUGCUUUUCUCAGCAGAAAAUAUCAAAAUAUGCUCAAAGCAGUUCCUACGAAGACUCCUUAAUGGAGCACACGUCCAACAGCGUUCAGCUUAUUAGAGGCGUACAGAAUUUAGUACGCUGUGGACAUUUAGUACUUCACAAAGCACAGCAGGCUUUGGACUCGGAUGCUACAGAAAGCAGCUCAGAUGAGGAGGACGAGGAGGAAGAGAGCAGAUUAAAGAGACCAAGCUCAGGGUGUUUGGGAUGCGAGUGGAGGUAUCAGUGUGAGAGAGCAACGCUGGCAAGUCAGUGGACAUGGCUGAAGUUCAGGCUGUCUGAGCUGGAUACACAGAUUCAGCAGGUGUCACGGCUCCAUCAGCACUUAACCUUCAACAAGGGUGUUGUUUUGGCCGAAGCUCAGCAUUUGACUGACCGUCAGGUCCAACAGUCUCUGCUGACUGAGGCGUCUGGUUUAACGUUAACGGCGAAACAGACAUGCGAUCUCACCUCCGAGCUGGACGACGAGCACUACAGCCCCACACACCUCCUCCAAAACAUCGAGAGACAGAGUCAGAUAUUGAACAGUCUGAUGUCUCCUCUGAGUGACCUGAACGCUGGAACGUGCUGGAACGACUCAAGAAAAAGACCCAUUAACAGCUGUGUGACAGACGCGUUCCUGCGUGCCGGCUCCCGUGUAAGCAGUUCAAGACUGAAGAGGAGGCGUUUGUCCCGCCGAGCUCAGCUCCUACCUCAUCAAGUGUGUGCACGGACUCGUCCUUUGCUGACAUAUUACAAGCGCCGCUUCUUCGCCAUGUACCAAUCACCAGUCACAACACAGGGAGCAGACUAUUCAAGCUACUGGUAUUCAAGCUCUCUUUCCUGUGAUCCCAGGAGUUCAGCCCCAGACUCCAGCAGCACAAACGAGAGCUCAGUGUCCCACAGUAUCCAUACUGCUUCCUUCAAAGAUGACUGGUUCCAUCAGUCUCAAUCCACCAUCCUGUCACCCAGCUGCACCACGCAGGAACACGCGUCCUCCAUAUUCAAUUGCACUUAUGAGCUCGAAUCUGCACAGAUGCACAGCAAAGCAACACCAAUUCAGGAGACGCUCACAGUGAAGAGACGCCGCCGAGCGUCAGACAAGCGACAGGCAGUCAUCGACAUGUGUGCGUCCCGGUCCGGCUUGUUUUCUCUCAGUACUGAGGACAGUACAGAGGACGUGCUAAUACCCAACCGCAAAAUCCUACAAGAGAAAAAGUCACAGAUUCCAGUGCGCAGGAGAAACGGUGAAAGCGCCUUCAACAUAAACAACAUAGUCAUCCCAAUGUCUAUGGCUGCCUCUACCAAAUUGGAGAAGCUGGAGUAUAAGGACAUUGCCACACCCAGCUGGAGGAUACUAGAGAUUUCCCCACUCAUAAAGAAAGAGGAGAAGAAAGACGUAAAUAUGGUGGAGUCGCUAUCAGAUGAGGUGUUUAUUCAGCGACACCAGAUCUAUGAACACAGAGAGAAAGUCUGCUGGAGUUCCUGGGAAAAGAGCAGGAGAUCCACAUACAGGACUAGGUCUCCCGGCAGCACGGACGUAUCCUCUGAUUGCGAAUCGAUGUCAUGGAUGUGCGGCGGACUUACAGACACAACAGAGGAAGAAAGAAAACCUCGGCCACCUUGGGAGAGACGCCUGUUCCCGCUGUCCGAGAGUGACGAGGAAGCUCUGAGCUGCGACGAAGGUGAAGCGCUCGAGGCAGUGGUUACACUCUGGUCAAAUAACGAGCAGACGGGUUCCAGUUUGUCAGAGAGCAGCUGUAAGAAUGCUUACACACCUCCCCCUGCUGGACACAGAUAGAACAACAAGCACGGAGUGACUUCAACCCCCUUAUUCACACCGACAGAAGUCUGAGCAGAGUAGCAGAGCAGAGGGCUACGAAGCAGGAAAUGACAUCACGGUGAAGCGUCAUUGCUGAUUGAUGGUCUAAGAUGCUUUUUAUCUCACCUCUCUGUCACAGAGUUUUAACACGGUUUUAUUAACACUCUUGGGUUACUAGUUUUUAAACAUAUUUAAAUGUACCGUAAUGUAGUACAUUUAUUUUUUAAAUACCUAGUAGGCCGUCCCCAGGUUUUAGCUUUAACAUUAGUUUAUAUUUUUUAUUUGAGAAAUAGCAGACUAUUUUUCUCAGUAAAACAACAUAUGUCAUAAAAUGAAGCAGACUCAUCAUUGGAGAAAACCGCACACACACACAGCAUACAAAUACAUGCAAAUAAUUGUGUGCUUGCACAUUUACUGCUCUGUGGUAACCGUUUGGAGAAGAAACCCCAGUAACAGCAGAUACUCAGCUCUGUAGUGUAAGAACUGUAAUAUAUUAUGUACUCAAAUCUGAUUGGGCAGAAGGUAUGCGUUUUAUGGAUGGCGCUGACACUUUUAACAGUUACAGGUUUUCUCGAUUGCUAAAACACAUUUCUUGAACCAGUCAACCAUUUUCUCAGAACUGUAAACACAAAACCAAAUAUUCAAACUAAAUUUCCAAAACCUUUGACUCUUCUGCCAAAAUCAAACACUCGCCCCUAAACUAUUUAACCUGUCCUCAAAAUCAAACUAUGCUUUCAGAUCAUAAACACAACCCAUCAAUAUAUAAACACUAUGGAGCAAUCAUUAGACACAACACAAAAAAAUGGAGAACACAGCAUCCAGGUCAUGUAGUUAAAGAAAAUGUUGUUUGUUACUGUAUACACAGUAAGUAAAUGCCAUUUGCAAUAAAGAAAAUAUUACAGUAACCAUCACUUAGUACUGUCAAAGAAAAUUAUAAAUGAAAAGCAUAAUAAACUCAAAUGUUGUGCAACUGAAAAGUCUGUUUUACACAAUUCAGUCUGCCUCAGCGUCACGUCUUCAUGCUGGGUCUGGCCAGAGGACUUCAUCCACCUCACAGGCAAUGUUGUCCCUUGCCAGGCAACGGGGGAAAACCCUCUGGUGUGACGGAUCCAGCCUUGACAACAUUCCACACCUAUGUCUCCACAGGCCAAUUCCAUAGCCUCUAGAAGACUUACCUUUUUAUGGGUUUCGGUCAUAGACCUUCCACCGCCACGCAGAGAAAAAUUCCUUGAUUGGGUUUAGAAAAGGGCUGUAUGGUGAAAGGAAAACGUUUAAGAAUUGCUGGUUGAUAUUGAACCAUUCACGUACACGGACACUCCGGUGAAAGCUGACAUUGUCCCAAACCACCACAUACACAGCAUGCACUGCCUGCUGAUAAUCCUGGUGCUCACGCUCAAGCAGAACAUCCCGAAGACCACCCAGAAAGGUUAAAAGAUGUUCAGUGUUGUAUGGCCCCAGGGCUGCAUGAUGGUGGAGAACCCCACGGUUACUUAUGGCUGCACAAAGGGUGACAUUGCCACCACGCUGGCCAGGGACACCCACGAUGGCACGUUGGCCAAUUAUGUUCCUGCCUCUCCCUCUCCUCUUUGCCAGAUUGAACCCUGCUUCAUCAACGAAAAUGCAUUCAUGGGGCCUUUCCAUGGAAUCCAGUUCAAACACUCUGUACACAUGUAAAAAAGGAUACAUACAGUAAUUAGUUUACAGUAGUAAGUGAUACAGAAAGACAAACUUCUGCAAGUGUAUUUGUAUACACACCUUACAGUAUUUACAUACCCUACACUAGUAUAAAGGGCAGUUUACAGUAACGGUUGGCUAGUAGCAUAGAAUUGUACUGUAAGCAUCAGAGCCGAAAGUGUCUGAGUGUACACUUACUUGUACAUAUUGACAUCGUAGUUCUUUGACCCGUUCUGAGUUGCGCUCAAAGGGUACUCAUGCGUAGCCUGUUGCGUUUGAGGACACGAUCAAUGGUCGAAAGGCUGACACUGUUCAUUCCUUCAAAGAUUUGCAUUGUCUUCAACAACUCUUUCCUGUAUUUCAAAUAAGAACAGGAACUACUGUAACUUCAGUCUUAGAUGUUCCACAGCAUUAAAUAUCCAUGAAGAUAUUUUUCUUCAUGAAGAUUUCAGACCUUCGGUGAAAAGACGCUGAGGUAAAAAAGGAUCCUAAGGUAUCUAGAGAUGAACCAGCUCCAGUUGGAUUCCGCUUCAUUCUAAGAGAAGAUGUCAACUCCAUGUGGUCUCUGAGGACAACGACCUCCUCAUCAAUACACAAUUAUCAGACUGUAUCUGACUGUAAAAAGGACUUUAUUUAUAAUAACACUCUCUGGUGUUUAUAACAGUUUAUAAUCACACCCUCCAGUGUCACCCAAAUGAGGAUGAGGGUCACUUUUGAGUCUGGUUCCUCUCGAGGUUUCUUCCUUUACCAUCUAAGGGAGUUUUUCCUCCCCACAGUCACCUGAGUCACCUCAGACUUGUUCAUUAGAGAUAAAUACAAACACAUUUAAAUAG